AUGUUUAAAGGCGGGUCGGAGCAAAGUAACAGCACCGAGGAAAAAUUACGAGGACCGAGUGCUAUCGGAACGGCUGCUGAAUGGCAAACACAAAAGGUGAGCGGAGUGAGAAACGACGCCGGCGAAGAAAAAGAUGCCGUGAGCUGGUCAUUAACGGACCAGAGGCAAUAUAUUGACACAGAUUCGCGUUCUCCUUACGAAAAUCGUAAAUAUCUGGAAUCAGAGGUUCCACGUGGACUGGAACCCGUCCGAAAUAUAGACGCCGAGAAACAGACGGUCAUUAGUUCGAGGGACCUGCACGAAUCUUUUGUCGAGCCGCUGGAAUGGCUCGACGAUUUCGACAAAGACAUAAGAGUGAGACUCGGCAGGAGCUUGAAAACCAUCCAGUCGAAAACUACCGCGUACGUCGAAUCAGCUACCAAGAACUAUGCUAAAUAUCUAGUCAAUGCUUCCAUUGAAACCGUUCGGCUUGCAAAUAGCGCGCCUCCGAGAUCCCACGAUUCCGAGCUUGCUCUCGUUACGGUUCCGCCUUUCCAGACACGAAAGUCCUUUCCAAAGGACGCGAGAGCGAAGAGGGAAGCGGCCUUUCCAUACGACGCGUUCUACGAUGACGCGGAUCAGCGUGUCGAUGAUUUCGGAAGAACGGACUAUAGUAACCGAUACUCGAGGAACGAAGAGGACAUGGACGAUGAUUAUCGGCUGUCAAACUCAAACUCGUACCAAGACGACGUAGACAGGAAGCCGUCCGACUCGGGCAAUCUCGAGGACUACGAUUAUUUAGAGAACGAUAAGGAUUACAAGGUUCUCAGAAACGCAAAUCCAAAGAGGAAGAAGCACGGAGGCAAGAAGAAGCAUCACGAGGAAACGCCGAGGAAGAAGAAGAGAAGAAAGGGUCGCGACAAGCCGAGCAAGAACCGGAGGAAACGAAGGCACCGCAAGAAACAUUCCGAUAAUUCGAAAACGAAAGAUCACGGUAAAAAGCAUAAGAAGAACGCGUCGAAGAAGGAAAAGAAUCGUCAUACGAAUGUAAAGAAGAGCAAAGUGACUCGAAACGAAGAGAAGGCCGAGGAGAAAAGAAAGGGACAUGGCGACAAAGUGGAAGGGGACGACACAACGAACCCGGACAGCGAUAUCCAGAGAAGAAGAAUCUCGUCGCUGCUGAUGGCCGAUGACAUGGAGGACGAGUCGCAAAUGGAUUCCGCUCUGCACGGCGAGCUUGCAGGGAAGAUCGUGGAGCAAAUUUUCGAUCAGGUACGGAACAACAAGGACCUGCGAGUGUCGUUGGGACCAGGACUCUACCAGAAGCACAAGACCAGGGAUACCGUGGAAGCUGAUAAAUCGUAUCGCCGGGUCGUGAACGACGAUGAAAUCAAGCACACGGAAGAGUUGUUGAAUAAAAUCAUGCUGCUGCUCAACCGACUGAUCUUCGACGAGGUACAGAGAAGGACCUGCAUCCCUCUGCCGCCAGACUUGGCCGGGUUCUUGGACUGGAUGUUGGACGCGAGUCCUGGGACGAGUUUGACGGAACAAGUAACUCGUGCUGGAUGAAAAUUAAACGCGAAACCUAUGCGCCGAAUUUCGUUUCAGCCGCCAACGUUACCGCUGGUACACGAAGCAGAGGGCCGAGAUUAUUUUCCAAGGGACAAGUUUCUCUUUCGAAGUUUCCCAAACGGAGAGAUAGAGAAGGAGAUCGACGAGUUGUACGCGAAGAUUGGACUAAUAAAAAAUCUGAUAAAGGAAUACAGUGGCCUGGCGGAGAAGGAUAAAGCGAAGAUCGAGUCUGUGGAGGAUUAUCUGGCAAAGCAACUGGAUUUGUUGCUCGAGUAUAUAGAAGCCAAAGAGGACGCCGAAAAGAGAGGCAAAUCGUCUCUGAUCGGAGGAGCACCUAGUGGGCAUAGCGAAAGCGUUCCUCGGUAUCGGAUAGGAACGAGUAACGCGAGUAACGCUAGCUACUCGCCUCAGCAGGAUACCUUCUCGACUCUGAUGAACGCUCCUAACCUUCUGAAACUGAGCGACGCGAACCUCUUCGCGGACGAGGAACUUCUUCGAGAGAACAGCGUCCACGGUCCGUACAGGGGACAGAGGAUAAUCAGGAGCUUGGACAAGCAUCCGAGGCGUAAUAAGAUGCGAGGAAGGAAUAAAAAGCGCAACAGGAAGCAUGGCAAGCAUCACAAAGGUGCAAGUACUAUUGAUCAGCCACGACACAGGGACACUGUGCAUAAAGCUGCGGCACUGCGUCAGAAACGUGAAUACCUGGACCCAGCCUUUUGGGAUUCUUCCGAUUCUGGAUACGAGAAGCCUUUAAUUUAUAACUCCGUGGAUAUGGCGAACGUGGGACUGAAUGGGAACGAUGACAACGCGCAGGUUGCAAAGAGAGAUUCGGAGGACGCGGAUGGCAAAAACGCUCGAUCCGGGGAAGAAGGGACCAGCGAUUUAAAAGAGUCUAGGAAGGUGGAUGAGAAAGAAUACGCCGAAACGGGGGUUGACAAAGAUUCGCUGGAAGACGAAGAGCCGAUAACGGGGAAGAAUCAGGUAGAAGACGAGAUACUGUUGCUGAACAAGCGACACGCGUGGCGAAAGGAGAACGAGGAGCAACUGGAGGAAGUGGCUUUCGGCGAGGACAUGAGAAAGGCGACAAAGGACAAAGAGUUGUUCGAGAAAUUAACCGAGAUCGACAAGAAAAAUAGCGAGCGGAAUGAAAGCCGAGAGGAAAAUUGCGGCGUUAAAGAUGGCGCGAGGAAUCGUGGAAACAAGAGCUGUAAUUUAUCAAACGAGGACAAGCUGAGACUGCUCGAACGGAAGAUAAACGUUUAUGCGGAUAACGAGUGA